CGAUACGGAUCGACCGUAAAUGCUGUUGAACCACCGGCAGUGAAGCAGGCACCAGAUUAUCGCCACAGAUCAGACAGAACGAGAGUGAAGACAGGACUCGAGCAAGAUUAGCUUUGCCUCAGCAGGACAAAUAGGAUACAGUAGUGGAGUGUUGGAUGUACAAUCGGUGGUGCUUAACAGUCAAGUGAGUGCCCCCCAAUUGGUCAAGCGGUUAGGUUAACAUGGAUAAUGUACAGUGCAAGUGCAAACAGAAAAGUCGUUUGGAUAAAAUCAUAAAAAUUGAAAUUGAAAUACAGUAAAGCACGGCAGUAACAGUAGAAAAAAAAAAAGCGGAAAUUAAAACAAUUAGUGGUGCCACGGGCGUGCAAAGUCUUGCUUCAGUGAAUCCUAUCCAGAGUCGAGCGAUAGCCGCGUCGAAAAGUCAUUUGCAUCUCAUCUAUCGAAAAAGAGAAACAAACUGUAUUCGGUAAAUAUGCGCCCGAGAAGCACAACAUCACUGACGCUGCUAGGCUCCAUUACCGUCAUUGUCUGUCUGGCAUGUGCAGUGGAUAGUUCCGCUGCCUCGGAUCAGCCGCUGUUCAGUAGCGAUGGUCAGAAUGCAGCCUCGGCGGAUUCUGAUGACCGAGGCCAGCGUGAGCUUUCGUCAGCAUCCUUUCAACAUUUGCUAGCGGUGCGGUCACCCAAAUACAACUUUGGGCUCGGAAAACGAAGAUACGUCGACAAUACUCCCGGUGCCAAGCGGCUUUCACACUACAAUUUUGGCCUGGGGAAACGCGGACGAUCGGAUUUAUUCGAGUACGAAGAGGACAGCCUACCAAGCUGGAACGAUGAAUAUCCGGGUUUAAUGUCGAAAGACAUCACUGACUACGAAACAGACCAGGACAAAGAGGCAGAGAAGCGGUCGGCAGGUGGUUAUCGGUAUCAUUUUGGAUUGGGUAAAAGACGAACCUACGAUUUUGGACUUGGCAAACGCGCGUACCAGGGCGGUGAAGAGAAGCGGCUGCCAAAUCGAUACAAUUUCGGACUCGGACGUCGUUAAUCGCAACCCGAUCAGACAGCAUCUCAAGUCGCCUAUCGAAAAUCCACUAGACCUGAAACUGGACCUCUACUGCGCCCAACAAUGAAGCGAAUGACUGCAGAAUACAUUACUACUACCACACCAGUGACAGACCAAAGCCAAGAACCAUGCGAGAUUAUGUCCCCCUCCCCCAAAACAAGAAAGAGGAUCACAUUUGCAAACCCUUUUGUAUCGAUCUAUUUCAAUGACUUCUUCGAAACGUACUUUACAGUGUAACUUAAAGCCAUACUGCUAUCCAUUAUCCUAAACUAUCACUAACCAAGAGCAAAUUGUAAUUCGGAGACGUGUGCUAAUGUGCCAUAUAUAACAAUAUACAAAUUAUUAUUAAGAUGUAAGAGUCAAAACCUGAAAUCAAAUCCCAACUUUCUGAAAUUUCUCUCGACCUUUUACUUUCUUCAGUGGAAAAUUUACACUCAAUUACAGCCAAGAAAUGAUUGGAUUUGGAUUGGUAGGAGAGCCCAGCUGUAAAUACAUACAGGAGACCAGCAACUUAAUGUAUAACUGGUCGUGAAUGAAUUGUUCUGAGAGAAUCGCUUAAGACCCCUGUCAAAUUGUUGGCCUGUUUUAAGUGACAUGGUGCCGGUUGGAGAUUAAGAUUCCUCUGAUUGCUACUUAACAAAAUUAUAUGCGCGAAAAAUAAACUUAAACAAAUAUUUCGCUUGUUAUUCAUUAUGUAAAUUGUUUCACGAAAAUAUUUUAAAGCAGUUGUUACCCGAUAUAACAUCAAGGCAUAAACACAAUUUCAAAUAGAUGUAUACACACACCACUACGCAGCAUUUGUGAAUAAUAUAUGAGCUGUAUAAAAAAAUGGAAAAUGAAAAGAAAUGAAAUAAAUUUGAGCUAAAACCAAAA